GGGGGUUUAAUGGCUUUAGACCAGUUAGCGGUAUUCCUAAUGUUGCAUGGUCGAGGCCGAAAGCGGGAGCUACCUUGUUGCAUGGACAUUAUCAACUAAAGUCGAAACACCUCUUUCUUUUUAGAUCAACAUUUUUCAAGGAAUUAUCGAUGCAUUGUCGCCAAUGAAGCACCACUUUCCUUCAGUGAACGCUAUUCCAUAAAGUAUAGGCGUCUUCAGCCAUGAGCUGCUUGGAUGUAAUGUAUCAAGUCUAUGGUCCGCCACAACCUUAUUUCGCAGCAGCGUACACCCCUUACCACCACCAGAAGUUAGCUUUUUACCCCAAAAUGCAAGAAGCACCAGAAAGUGGCAGCAACAGCAACAGUAGUAGCAGCAGCAGCAGCAGCAAUUCGUUUUCCAGUCUUUCUGCGCCAACCAUCAAAGAGGAAGAAUGCACCCAAGAAAAGGAGCGGCCCCCUGAAGCAGAAUACAUCAACUCCCGCUGCGUGCUCUUCACCUAUUUCCAAGGGGAUAUAAGCUCGGUGGUGGAUGAGCAUUUCAGCAGGGCGUUGAGCCAGCCCAGUAGCUACGCUCCCAGCAGUAAGAGCUCGAGGAGUGGAGCGUCCUGGAGAGAUGGAUCAUUCCCAAUGAGCCAAAGAAGUUUUCCACCUUCUUUCUGGAACAGCACGUACCAGCCCUCAGUCACGGCCACCUUAAGCAGCAGUCUCAGCAGUGCUUUAGGGGCCUCUCACACUGAGAUUCCCUUCCCUACAGACCCUUACUCAUCUGCCUCAUUACACAGUCAUCUGCACCAGGGGCCUCCAGAACCUUGGCAUCAUCCUCACCACCACCACCACCCCUACUCUCUGGGUGGGGCCAUCAGCACACAGAGCUCUGCCUACCCACGGCCUAGCAUGCAUGAUGUCUACAGUACUCAUUUUGACCCUCGCUACAGCUCUCUGCUAGUGCCAUCGAUGAGACCACAUCGGCUAACUCCAGCCACUGUUCCAACUCCUGGCUCAUCGCAAUGUGACAUUGGAAAAAGUGAACCAGGAACAUCAGCCUGGACAACCCCAGGUGCCUUCUCUGGACCAGGGGCAGAUAUGGGACAAAGCCUGGGCCUAAAUGUGGAUGCAGGAUUGCAGCCUACGGACAAAAGCAAGGACCUGUACUGGUUUUAAAGUACUACUACACCUACCUCCUUUGGCUGCCUUGUAAAUCUUCUUGUAGAAACAGUUAAAAAAAAAACAUACAAAACAAUUUCUGUAACAGAUUUUGGUCUUGGUUUCAGCUCAUCGUUAUUCUCUUUGUGGAGGAACUCUUCUGAGCUGAUUUCUGCUGCCGUCAAAAUGCUUCAGAGAGAAGGAAAGAAGGUGAAAUUGAUCAUUUGAUCACCUAUCAUACAGUGUGCUUGAUCAGUGCGAAGUGAAACCAGAGGCAACGGAUUCAAAUGCAUUCAAGAUGCAAAUCUGCUGCAUCCUUUGAUGACUGUAAAAUUCUUUUUUUUUUUAAUUUAAAAGAUUGUUUCAAUUUAAACCUGGAAAUAUAUGUGGAAGGGAAUUUCCUAAAAUGAUAUUUUUUUACAAACUGUCAUAAACUGAUGUGGAUUGAGACACUUCUGGAGGAAGGUCAAAUGAAUUUUGAUCCACUGUGAAAAAAAGUUUAAGUGUGAGACAAGCACUGAGGGAAAAAGAAAAAACAAAUUGCUGUAUGGCUGUGGUUUGACAUAAGAUGGGGGUUUACUUGAACCACCUGACUUCAUAUGACUCCCGCACAGCUGUCGGAGACAACUGUUCAAACUCAACAGACUUACAAUUAAGGUGGCACUUCUUUGAGUUUGAGCAAACAAGCACUCCGGGCCUCGGACAAGGAGCAUUUUGUGAAAUCUGGACCCUCCCCCUUCGUAAAAUAAGAGAGCCUUCAUAGGGAACAACUGGACAAAGCAGCAGGAAGGAAGAUCUGCAAAGACCACUGUGUCGACACAUGAGCUUUGUGACUCUGCGCUUUACUCUGUGUGCGUGUUGUUGUCUUACUGUCACUUUAGUUAUUGGAAAAUAUUCAAAAAGACAUUUGUAACUAGAAGUGAGCUGUAUUAAAGAUCUUUAUUACAAA